AUGGCGUCUCUAAUGGCAAUACGUCGUGGACGGAGCUCAACGCCAACUUUCACUUCUCUCUUAACCAAGGUACGCCUUAACUUCUCUCACUUCACUUCCAAUCGCCACUUAGAUAGAACCCAGAUUUUAUCCCUGAGCUUAAAAUCUCUUAGCACCUCCGCCAUCCCAAAUGAGUACCAGAGACCGCCGCCGCACCACCAAAACCAACAACCGCCCCCGUCGUCUGAUCCCAGGGUCUUUCAUGGCCAGCGAAACCCUAAUUUUAAUAACCAAUGGAACCGUCAAAACCAGGGCUACCAUCAUCCGCAACAACAGGGCGGGGUUUCUGAUAACAAUCAAUGGAAUCCCCAGCAAAAUCAGGGUCAGGGUUACUCCCAACGAGGAAGGCCUAAUCAAUGGAAUCCUCAGCAGAAUCGAAGUUAUCCUCAGUAUCCAAAUGCUAAUCCGAUGAAUACGCAAAUGCCCAGAAGCCCAAAUCAAUGGAAUAACCAAAAUCAAGGCCAAGGGUACCAACCUCAAGGUAGAAAUUUUAACGAAAGAGCCCCGCAGACUCAAAACCCUAUUCAGUUCAGCCGCGAGAGAGGAAAUCAAGGGCCAAUGGUAGAGCAUGUGCAGGCUGAACCUGUUCCUUCAUUGGUAGAUUUAACGCGGUUGUGUCACGAGGGUAAAGUGAAAGAAGCUAUCGAAUUGAUGGAUAAAGGAGUUAAAGGCGAUGCUAGUUGUUUUUCAUCUUUGUUCGGGUUAAUCUGCAAUCCCAAAUCGCUCGAGGAUGCGAAGAAAGUUCAUGAUUACUUCUUGCAGUCGACCUGUCGAGGCGACCUUGGAUUGAACAAUAAGGUGAUUGAAAUGUAUGCAAAAUGCGGUAGCAUGAUGGAUGCACGGAGAGUUUUCGAUCACAUGCCUGAUAGGAAUAUGGAUUCUUGGCAUUUGAUGAUAAAUGGGUAUGCAGACAAUGGCUUGGGAGAUGAUGGGUUGCAGUUGUUUGAGCAGAUGAGGACAUUGGGGUUGAAACCGAAUGAGCAGACUUUCCUCGCGGUUCUUUCGGCUUGUGGUAGCGCGGAAGCUAUAGAAGAAGGGUUUAUACAUUUCCAAUCUAUGGAGAGCGAGUAUGGAAUAUCUCCAGGGGUUGAGCAUUAUGUGGGGCUUAUAGGUGUUCUUGGAAAAUCUGGUCAUCUUUAUGAAGCUAAAGAGUAUAUAGAGAAAAAAUUGCCUUUCGAGCCAACUGCUGAAGUUUGGGAGGCAUUGAGGAACUAUGCUCGAAUUCAUGGAGAUGUGGAUCUUGAAGAUUAUGUAGAGGAGCUGAUGAUUGAUCUUGACCCGUCAAAGGUUGACGCGAAUAAAAUCCCAACACCGCCACCGAAGAAACGUACUGCAAUCAGCAUGCUUGAUGGAAAGAACAGAAUCAAUGAGUUUCGAAAUCCAACCCUUUACAAGGAUGAUGAGAAAUUGAAGGCCUUGAAAGCAAUGAAAGAAGCAAGUUACGUCCCUGACACAAGAUAUGUUCUUCAUGACAUUGAUCAAGAGGCGAAGGAGCAAGCACUGCUGUACCACAGUGAACGAUUGGCGAUAGCAUUUGGUCUAAUCAGUACCCCUGCAAGGCAAACCCUUAGGAUCAUCAAGAAUCUCCGUGUAUGCGGUGACUGUCACAAUGCCAUCAAGAUCAUAUCGAGGAUUGUCGGGAGGGAAUUGAUUAUUAGAGACAACAAGCGCUUCCAUCAUUUCAAGGAUGGCUUAUGUUCUUGCGGUGAUUACUGGUAAAAGGUCUUGCAUCACAUUUGAGAAUUCUUUCCAUUUGGAUUUUGACAUGUAAAGUCCCAGAAUAUUAGGAAAUAUGCAUUGCAGUGAAACGGUAGAACUGUUGUUGACUCGUUGCUUGUGUUUUCGAGUGAACGGUUCACUAUUAGGCUAUACAUACGCCCUUGUGCUUGUUCUGAUGCUUAGUAUGAUAUUUUAUCUGCUCUUCCACAUA